AUGUCCGGUUUGUCUCAUUUUGUGACUCGGAGACAAAAUCGAAGUCGACAGGGUCUGCUAGUUGUUUCCUUGGCUUCAUGGGCAUUGCGAAUCAAACGUCGAAGGAAUGGGAGAAAGGGGACGGGAGCGAGGAGUGGCCUUGAGCCGGCCGGCGAAUCUCUCAUCCCUCUGUAUAUGAAUGAGAACAUGACACCGAAGACGCAAAGGCUUAGCAGUAGUCAAUCAGAAUGCUGGAGGGAAACACACAAGAACAAAAGAGACUGGGAAACGGAGGGAGGCAAGAUGGCGAGGAAGCAGCCUGCCUGUAUCCAUCCAUCUCCCUGCCUCUUUCUCAGAAGCGUUCCACUGCCUUUCAAUAUUUCCCCCUCUUCCCGUGUAGGACAAGACAACAUCUCACAGCUGGUUCGGAAUGCGACGGCCCAGCGCGCAAGCCAGCAGCGAGCAGCCAGCCUUCUUGGAUUCCGUUUGUCACGGUUCCUAUUGUUGGUUCAGAAUGGAACUGGUUGUGCAGUGAGCCGUUGUACCCAGAUACUGUACAGCACUUGUGCCUGCGGUGGAUCUCCCAGAUAUGCAGCUCAACAACUCAACCCGGUUCAGUUUACAUUGCUGUCCCUUUUGCAACGAGCACGAACGGAGCAGGUUUUUGAAUAG